AUGGUGACAGCUCCGGUGGUGUCCUCAAACACGGGGACGUGGGAGGUUCCUCCUCACCCCAGCUCUGAGGAGCCCAUCAUGAACUUCACCCUGAGGCUCCUGGAUGGGGACCCCAGUGCCACGGGGCAGCCACUGGUGCUAAGCCCCAGCUCUGCCAUCCAUCUGGAAGCCAGUGUCCACUUCAGUCCCAGCUUCUCCAUGAAGAUCCACGUGGACCAGUGCUAUGGGACCAUCGUGGAGCAGCCAGGACGUUCCAGGAGGGUCUUUAUGGUGGUGAACAGCCAGGGAUGCCUGCACGGGGAGAAGCUGGGAAGUGUGUCUGUCCAGCACUGGAGAGGGGAGUCUGCCCUCCAGCUCUCCAUCCUGGCCCCCAUGCUGGAGGGUGAGACUGAGGAGGAGGAGGUCUACGUGCACUGCUUGCUGACAGCGUGGGGACAAGGACACGCCAUCAGGUCCUGCUUCUACAGCCACACCACGGCCAGCUGGCACAACGCAGAGGACCCUUCCCGGAGUGCCCAGUGCCACUGCUGUGACACCAGCUGUCCCCGCGGUGACACCCUCCCAGGACACCUGCCAGCAUUCCCAGGUGAGGGGACACUCCACCGGGAGACAGUUGGACCAGUGCUAGUGCAGAAGGAGAAGGUGCCGUGGUACGAAGGGCCAUGCCACACCAUGAAGAGGUUCCUGCUGGCCGGGCUGGCCCUGGUGGGCAGUGCCGUGGUGGUGGUCGCCGCGGUGGGGGGGCUGCUGGGGCUGGCCCUGACCACCUGGCGCCUGGGCACGCGCCGGCGGGGACAGCGGCCACCGAGGCAGAGGUCUCCCUUCCAGGCUGAGCUGCAGAGCGUGGUGGGGGCCCUGGUCCUCAGGGAGACAGGGAAACGGGGUUCCUCCGGGUACCUGGAGAUGUGA